UUGAAGGCAUCAGGAAGGACAGCUGGAUCGGAACCGGGCUGGAGGACGAUGAGCGUGUCUAAGCGGGCGUCGACGUGGACGGUGGAGGAAGUUUUGGACUGGCUUCAGGAGCAGCAUCCAGAACAAAUGAGCACGCUCCAUAAAGCCGUGCUCAAACACGACAUCUCAGGCCGCGCUCUGCUGAGGCUGAGGGAGCAUCACCUCAGGCUUCUCGGGGUGGAAGACGAGGAGCGGCAGCAGGAAAUAUUGCAGGACCUCAUGCUCCUCAAAGUUCAGGAGGAAAUCAAUGAACUCAGCGACAUCUGCUCCGAUUGUCUUUCUUCAUAA